AUGCUCGGACUACUACCGCAAGACAUCGUCGCCAUCUUGGAAUCAGAGCACCACCACCAUCACAACAACAACAACAACAACAACACACGACCUGACCCCGCUCGUCUUUGCGCCUCGCUCGUCAAAAUCAACACUUCCACAUGGCUGCGACUCGGAGCAGUCUGCCAUAACGAGGGCUUUGCAGCAGAAAUUAGAGGGUUGUUACCCAAGGCCAAAUCACCCACUGGACACGCACCAGAAUUGACUGAGCAACAACAGAACGAGAUCCUAUAUGUCGAGAACGGCAUGCCUCGGAUCGUCAACACUAUUCAACGCCAUUGCAGACGGGAUCCUCAGGUCAUUCAGGACGAGCCAUUGCUUUGGAGGAUGUAUCUCGUGUACAGAGAACAUAUGCCGAAGGUGGACAACGAGAAGCGGGCGCAUAGGAUUGGAGGACGAGUACGCACAGCAGCAGCAACGACGACAACUCCACCAUGGCAGCUGGAGUUCAUGAAGUCGGGAUGCCCAGAGAUCAUGGUCCUCGCAUUCCACGAUAUCUUUAUGGAACAUGGAGAGUGGGUUGGAUAUGAGACCAACAUCCCCAAGGUGCUUGUUGAGGCGUUGGAUUAUGAGUGGAGCUCUGGAACCAGCGCGGCGAAACGAUCUGUCCAGGGGUUGAUUCAAGUACUCCAGGGCUGCUUGCGAUACAGGAAGACAGGGGAUACCGAGACUACCACAACACCAGCGGCAAGAUCCGUGGGAUUGGGCGUUGGUGACAACAGAAGGUUCACUCAACCCAGCGCAACACAGGACAGGAACUCAACGCCGCUAGACAGGGAGCUCGUCAAGGCCAUCCGCCAGAUGACUCUCAUUCUCGCCGAGGCGGACUCGGCCUUCCAGGUGUUUUUGGAGUCCGAGGCGGGACAGAACUUUCCAAAACUCCGAGAGGCCUAUUUACAGGAGCUGGAGGGACAGAAGCAGAAGAUCGGAGAGAAACCGGUCAGGAAAAUAGGAGGAUUGCUUGGCUACACUCCAUCGCCUGACGCUGGAAUUGCCAAGAAACGAGUCGAUAUCCUUAUGGGAGAUGACACACCCGAGGGGUCGCCAUCUAUCGGUUCAGCAGGAGACGAUUCUCCUAUGACAUUCACGUCACCAACAUGGCCUGCGAGCGUCCUCGCGGCUGCAGCUCGCAAGGAAGAAUCAAAACGACCACUCAACGAUGGGGCAGACUCUACUGCAAAGAAGCUCCGGACAGCGUCGCAAUUGGUGGAGUACGCCACUUCAGGAUCCUGGCCAGACAACAAUCCGACUUUUUCCACCCACCAGACCCUCACCGCCCCAACGGCGCGUGCACAGUCACAGCUGAACAAGAUGAACAACCCUCUCUGGUCGCCCAUCCUGAGUCUGAAUUUUUUCCCGCAGGCGCCCAACAAAUACGAGACGCAGCUCGAGUCCGAGCUAGAGCGCUGGAUUUCUCUCUGUGGGCGCAUGGACGGUGCAGUAUUCGCGGACAAGCUGGUCUCCCUCAUCAAGGAUGUCUACCCAAGCGACCAAAAGUUUCUGCUGGAGCAAAUCCUUGUCGAGUAUAUGUGUUGGGACGAGACGGAAGGUGGGGAGCGGGAUUAUGGCGAGAUGGCAGUCUACAGCAGCGUCAGUUCUGGAAAUGUCUGCCAACUGACCAAGCCGGCGCCACGCAUCGGAUUCAAGUCGGCUGAGAAGGCGGUGGAUACCAUCAUGGGAGCAUUGGUGGCGUUGGUGAUCAAGCCAGAGGAAAACCUGAGUCAUGUCGUUCGCAAGACGCAUCGGUGGCUGGAACCUAUCGAGCUGGUGCCCUCUGAGGAAUCUGUGGACCAAAAAAAUGAGGGUGUGGAAGACUCAUCCGUCAAGAGUGCCGCCGAUGCCAAGGGCAAGAAAAGAAAGACGCGCAACCUCUACAACAGACGAGUGAGUCCGUUUUACGCCAUUCUUUCUCUGUUCAAGCCGAAGAGAGUCGAAGGCCGAGUAACAGGCAUGCUGUAUCUGACCGAGCAGGAUAUCAAGGACCGUACAGCAGAGCGCGACUCUCAGGAGUCGUCGGCAAAGUCAGAGUUCGAUGUCCAUAUCAAGAAACCCAGACCGAAUCAGAGGAUGCUCAACACGGCCGCCAAGGCUGUCCCAGAAACCCCACCUCAGCCUGUCCAGCCACUUCCACCUGCCGUCCCCAAAUUCGUCUACGCACCAAAUGUAGUACCCAAGGGUACCCUUCCUCCAGCUGUGGCAUCCAAGGUCGCUCAGUCGACAGUCGUUGUACCCAAAGUCGUCCAUCCUCCAGCUGUGACAUCCAGGGCUGCCAUUCCCCCACCAGUUGUGACUCCUGAGGUCGCCCCUCCGCCAGUUGAGGUACCCAAGGUCGUAGAGUCAGGCAUCGUUCCUGCCGUUGAACCGGUGGCAAUGCCGGAUCUCGACGCUCUCGAUGAACCUCUUUCACCCAAGGCGCCAAAACCUGCAGGCACUGUGAGUUCCGCCUACCCCGGAGUAGGACCUACCGACCCUACGUAUUUUUCACCGGAGCUUAUGCUGCAUCUCGGACCCGAGGUUAUGGAGGGCAUCGUUGAGCCGUCGCUAGUGGAUCGGGCUCUUCUGAGCAAGCCCCAGGCCAAGCGGCUCAAACGCAUGCGCCAGAAGCAUACCAAGUUGAAGAAGGCCGCUGAGGAUCUAGGUGAGAUCUAUGUUCCCGUCAUGACUGGCCAAUUCCCUGGCGCCGAGAUUUUCUUUGAUCAGCUCGACAUUCAACUGGAUACAGGCCCACCUGCACCCAAAAGCGCUUCUAGAGACAAAGCUGCAUCGGCGCCAGUUGUUUCAUCGGAAUCAGCGGAUGUCGACAUGGAUGCACCCCCACAGGACAAAGGCGAUGCAGUCGCCAGCCGAGUCCAAUCCGUCAUGGAGGAGCGAUCAGUUCAUGGAGAGGAAGAGAAAGAGGAGGACGACGGCAAUGACAAAAACGAUGACGAUGAAGAGAAUGAACAGCGGGGAGGGCCACCUGUCGGGGAACCGGUUGUCAAGGUCGGGAUCGAGAGCGAGGAUGUUGAGAUGUCUGAAAGCAAGGGUUUCGAUGAGCAGGAGCACUCAGGGUCAGGAUUCAAAGAAGUCACCGAGAUGUCUGAAGAUAUCAAGAGCCUCGAUGAGCAACAACACUCGGAGCCCGAGCCCAAGGGAGUCGAUGCCGAUGGCGAUCAAGUGAUGCCCGACUCUGGAUUGACCGAGUCUAGUGUAAACCUCAAGGAGGAACACGACGAGGACAUGGUGCCGCGGAUGGUGGAAGAGCUCCCUCUCAAGGAGAACCUUCGAUUGGCGAAGCAAGCUGAGUCGAUGAGGAUGGAGUGUCAUGCACCGUUCCGGGUACUUUUGCGGAUUCUUCAGUACCUCACCAAGGCGAACCAGGGCGUGAUGCUGGAUCUGUGGAUCAUCGAGUCGCUUUCGGAUACGGUGGAGCCGCUGCAGGUGAUCUACUUUGAGUGGAUGUUGCGGGAGCUGAUCGACACUUCGCCUCGACCCAGCAUGUUGCCCCUCAAGAUUGACCAGGACGAGAGUAUUCAGUUGGAGGAGGAGAUCCUGCGCUUGAUUCCGUUGCUUCUGGCGGCGCCAACUAUCGGACGUGGUCCUGCUGUCUCUGCGUUCAAGGCUGUGGAGCGUAGCCUGAAGGGUCAUACCAUCCCCAGAUUGGGGACGGAAACCGAUCCUGAUAACAGGAGCUAUUGGGAGCGCGCCCAAGAACUCCUCGGGCUUUAA